AUGGCGGCGCACAGCAAGCUUCUACAAGUUGUCACGCCUCGCAACUCUGCCUUGUUCACCGCUGCCGGCAUCGCAGCCUUUCUUAUUUACAAGCAAGCUCUGGGAAAAACGAAGAAAAGCACAGUUGCAGUUGAGGAAGAAGUCAAGGUGGUCAUUGCUCAGCAUGGACAAAAAAAGGAGAAAGCUGUGGUCAACUCUGUGUUUUUUGCUCGUCUGGGGAGAAUCUUGAAGAUACUCAUUCCUGGUGUGUUUACAAUUGAGAGCUUGUAUCUUGUUAUAGUUGCUGUCGGCUUGGUAGCCAGAACAUUUGCUGAUGUAUGGAUGAUUCAGAAUGGAACAUCAAUUGAAAGUGCCAUUAUUGGAAGAGACGCCCAACAGUUCAGGCGGCUGCUGCUGAGGUUUGUCUAUGCCAUGCCUGCAAUAUCCCUGGUCAACAACUUGCUUAAGUUUGGACUAAAUAUGCUGAAACUCAGAUUCAGAAUUCGAUUGUCCACAUACCUUUAUGACAAAUACCUCAAAGGCUUCACAUUUUAUAAGAUGAGCAAUCUGGACAAUCGUAUUGCUAAUGCUGACCAGCUGCUGACGCAAGACACAGAGAAGUUUUGUGAUUCAGUGGCAGAAUUAUAUUCUAACCUCAGCAAGCCAAUUCUGGAUGUCAUCUUGUACACCAUCAAGCUGACAGGUGCUAUUGGAAUUAUGGGCCCUACCUACAUGCUGAUGUAUCUGGCUGUGUCUGGCCUACUACUGACUCAUUUAAGACGACCAAUUGGACGCAUGACAAUGACUGAGCAGAAAUUGGAGGGAGAAUAUCGACAUGUCAACUCUAGACUUAUCACAAACAGUGAAGAGAUUGCCUUUUAUCAGGGCAACAACAGAGAAAAGUUUAUCAUCACUGGCUCAUUCCAUAAACUGGUGGAUCAUCUCCGCAGCUUCAUUUAUUUCCGUGUCCAGAUGGGUUUUGUGGACAACAUUAUAGCCAAGUAUAUUGCAACUGUAGUUGGGUACUUGGUUGUCAGUCGACCUUUUCUCAAUUUGGCACAUCCACGACACUUGACCUCAACACACAGUGAACGUCUUGAGGAUUAUUUCAAGAGUGGUCGUAUGCUGGUCAAGAUGGCUGAAGCUAUAGGCAGAAUAGUUUUAGCUGGUAGAGAGUUAACCAGACUGGCAGGUUUCACGGCACGAGUGACGGAACUCAUUAAAGUCUUAAAUGAUCUGAAUGCAGGGCGCUAUGAGAGAACAAUGGUGAAUGUAGACCAUGGAAAAGUUGGUACCAACAACCAGAAACAAGUGACAUUGAGACCAGGCAGUGGAAACAUCAUCAUCAAAGACCACAUCAUCAAGUUUGACCGUGUUCCCUUAGUAACACCCAAUGGUGAUGUACUCAUUGAAGAACUGAGCUUUGAGGUGACAUCUGGCAAAAAUGUAUUGGUAUGUGGACCUAAUGGAUGUGGCAAAAGUUCACUGUUCAGAAUCUUAGGGGAGUUGUGGCCAUUGUUUGGUGGAACUUUAACAAAGCCAGAAAAAGGAAAGCUAUUUUAUGUACCACAGCGACCGUACAUGGCAGUGGGAACCCUGAGAGAUCAGGUGAUCUAUCCAGACAACCACAUGGAACAGCUGAAGAAAGGUGUCAAGGAUGAGGAGCUGGAAGACAUUCUCAACAAGGUGCAGCUGGGUCACAUUCUGGACAGAGAGGGAGGAUGGGAUUCUGUGCAGGACUGGAUGGAUGUGCUGAGUGGUGGAGAAAAGCAGCGAAUUGCCAUGGCCCGCCUGUUCUACCAUAAACCACAGUUUGCUAUACUGGAUGAGUGUACCAGUGCAGUUAGUGUAGAUGUGGAAGGCUUCAUGUACCAACAUAGUCGAGAG